AUGCCAGACACCACGCCAUCCACCGGCGCCACUGUCCAUUAUGAUGUCCUAAUCGUGGGUGCGGGCUUCAGUGGUGUAUCCAUGCUAUAUCGCUUACGCAAGCUGGGACUCAACACCAAGAUCUUCGAGUCCGGAAAUGACUUUGGAGGCGUCUGGUACUGGAACCGGUACCCAGGGGCCAGAGUCGACUCGGAAUGGCCCUACUACCAACUGAACAUACCGGAGGUUUACCGCGACUGGAAAUUCGCCGAAAGAUUCCCCGGCCACGAAGAAAUCCGGUCCUACUUUGCACAUGUUGAUAAGGUUCUCAAUCUGCGAAAGGACGUCCAGUUUAAUGCACACGUAACUGAUGCUCAAUGGCAUGAUGGAGCAUGGACGGUCAAGACGGACCAAGGUCAUGUUGCCCAAGCCAAGUAUCUCAUCCUCUGCUCAGGGCUCUUACAUCGACGACAUGUCCCCGACUUCCCCGGCUUGAGCAGCUUCCGGGGGGAAUUCCACCAUACGGGCUUCUACCCCGAAGAUCUCAGUGUCCAGGGCAAAAAGGUGGCCCUCGUCGGUGCCGGCGCUACCGCGGUCCAGGUCACUCAGGAGCUGGCCAAGGAAGCCGAUCAACUAACGAUCUUCAUGCGUCGGCCGAGUCUCUGUCUGCCCAUGGGUCAGCGACCGAUCGGCGAGCAAGAACAAAGGGGAUGGAAGACCUAUUUUGCCGCCUUGUUCAACGAGGGUCGGAAGUCUAAGACUGGGUACCCAGGAACGGGCCAAGAAUGUGGCGUCUUCGACGUGUCGGACGAGGAAAGAGAAAGGUUCUUCGAAGAUCUCUGGUCCCGCGGGGGAUUCAACUACAUGCUGUCCAACUACAACGACUUUUUACUUGACAAAACCUCGAAUCAAAAAGUCUACGAAUUCUGGGCAAAGAAGAUCAGACAGAGAAUUAAAGACCCCAGGAAACGAGACUUGAUGGCUCCGAUCGAAGCUCCAUACCACAUUGGAACCAAACGCACACCUUUGGAACAGGAUUACUACGAGUGCGUGGAUCGCGACAAUGUCGACGUCAUCAACAUGAACGACGAACCCCUCAAGACGUUCAACGCCCAGGGUAUGCUGUUGGAGAAUGGCAAACAGCUGGAUUUUGACGUGGUCGUUUUGGCCACUGGCUUUGAUUCGUUCUCCGGAUCAUUGACGCAAAUGGGCCUCAAGAGCAAGGAUGGACUUGACAUCAAAGACGUCUGGAAAGACGGGAUUCGAAAGUACCUGGGCAUGACGAUCAACGGCUUCCCCAACUGCUUCAUGGUCUACACACCGCACGCGCCCACCGCACUCUCCAACGGCCCAACCAUCAUCGAGAUGCAAUGCGACUUUGUCGCGUCGGCGAUUGAGAAACUCGAGAAAGCAGGUGCAAAGUCCGUCGAACCAACCAGGGAGGCCGAGGAUGGCUGGGACCACAUGAUCGAGGAGAUGAACAAGCACACGCUUUUCCCAUUGACCAACAGCUGGUGGACCGGUGCCAACAUCCCCGGGAAGAGAGUCCAGCUUCUGACGCACGUCGGGGGCAUCAAUAUGUACGAAGGACAGUGCAGGGAGACUCUGCAGGAUUGGAAAGGCUUCAACGUCGUGUACUAAAAGUACUAGUAGCCGGUGGUGCGCCUGGAUCGAAGUCACGCAUUAGCGAUUGAUUGCUAUGCAGGUAAGGUCGGCUACUCGUACGGGGGGAGCAUAACUCUGGCACGUUCUGGCCUGGGUAACGUUAAUGCGUCCAUCCAACGUCAGAGCUGAGUCACACGGUAACUACCUAACUAUGUACUUCAAUGUAGA